AUGGCACCCAAGAAGCAGCGCGCACCCCAGGAAGCCGCCGUCUCGCUCGGCCCCAACGUCGCCGAGGGCGAGUUGGUGUUCGGUGUGGCUCACAUCUUCGCCUCCUUCAACGACACUUUCGUCCACAUCACCGAUCUCUCCGGCAAGGAAACCAUCUCGCGUGUCACUGGCGGUAUGAAGGUCAAGGCCGACCGUGACGAGUCCUCUCCCUACGCUGCCAUGUUGGCUGCCCAGGACGCCGCCGGCAAGUGCAAGGAAGUCGGAAUCACCGCUCUCCACAUCAAGCUCCGUGCUACCGGUGGUACCGGCACCAAGCAGCCCGGCCCCGGUGGCCAGGCCGCUCUCCGUGCCCUCGCCCGUGCUGGUAUGCGUAUCGGCCGGAUCGAGGACGUCACCCCCGUCCCCUCAGACUCGACCAGGCGCAAGGGUGGUCGUCGCGGUCGUCGUCUCUAG